ACCCACACACACGCGCACCCAAAAAAAAAAUAUAACCACCAUGACCGAACCAGAACAUGUUCGUCCGCUAGCUCCGGCGACCGUACUUCCGGUGAGCGAUGAAUCCGCCUCCAACAAACACACUCUCCGUCGUCGCAGAAACCGAAUCAAGUGCUUAAUCUGCGUCACUGCAACAUCUCUAGUUCUAGUCACGAUCGUGUUAAUUUUAACCUUUACCGUCUUCCAAGUCAAAGAACCGAUCAUAAAAAUGAACGGUGUAACAGUCAACGGUCUAGAUUCAACCAUUGGGACUCAGAUCCAACUGUUGGGAACAAACAUCUCGAUGAUCGUCGACGUGUCCGUCAAGAAUCCGAAUUCGGCGUCGUUUAAGUAUUCUAACACCACAACCGAUCUCUAUUACAAAGGAACAAUGGUGGGUGAAGCGCAUGGGCCACCUGGGAAAGCUAGACCGCAUAGGACGGUGAGGAUGAACAUGACGGUUGAUAUCAUGAUAGAUCGGAUAUUGUCGGAUCCGGGUUUGGCUCGAGAAGUAAGCGGGUCGGGUCUUGUCAACGUGUGGAGUUACACUAGGGUUAGUGGUAAGGUGAAGAUUAUGGGGAUUGUGAAGAAGCACGUUACUGUUAAGAUGAAUUGCACGAUGGCUGUGAACAUCACGCGACAAGCUAUUCAAGAUCUGCUAAGCCUGCUAUGAUCUUGAAUGGAGUAAACACGAGGGAUUUUUGUUAUAUAGAUUAAAAUAUUAACUGUGUUAGUACUAGUAACCCGUCUGGUUAGUACUAGUAACCCGACUGGGUUGUGUAAUCGGUCAAAUUUUAACAUUACCGCCAUAGUGCAUGGUUGUUAGUUCAUGUAUAUUGCUCCAGUUCUAUUUUUUGUUCGGUAGUGAUUAGGUUUUUGUUUGUUUGUUAAAUGCGUGAUUAGUUUUAUCUAGAGCGUUUAGCAAUUGCAUUGAGAGCUUCGAAUCACACAAAUCGAACCAAAACAAAUUCUCAACGAAACA